UCCCAUCCCUGAAGCUGGGGUUAUUAGGCUCACUUGGCUGCUCUCUCGGGAGCCAGAACAGAACACCACUAUGAGCUCUAGGGUCCCAACACUGAGAGCCCUCCUGGUCCUCUUGGGUGUUGGAGGAGCUCAAGUGCUGGAGAUGGACAAGUCUGCUGGGACUGAGAUUGAUUUCAAAUAUGCCCUCAUUGGUAUGGCCUUGGGAGUCGCCAUAUCUGCGGGUUUCCUUGCCCUGAAGAUCUGCGUGAUCCGGAGACAUUUGUCUGAUAGUGACUCUGCAGACCUGAAGAACACGCCCCAGGACCCCAUGCUACAGAAGACAAGAAACCCCAGGAAGAGAAGCCCCAGGUCUGGCUGGCAGAAACGACCUCAUGGCUGGUAUCUGGCUUCAGCAUGGACCGCAGGCAUCCUUCUGUGUCAUUCGAGGAGAGGCCCCAUGGUGCUGACACCUGCCACUGAGCUCCUCACAUCUGCUCACUGUGCUGCCAGCAGGUAAAGCCAAACGUAAGAACACCAUCACUCUAACAGAGAGGCUUCCAAUGUUUCUUUCCCUUUCUAGAGAUGCCCAGGUGAUCGAGCUGUGAGUGGCCAGCUGCAUCUGGAGAGGCUUUAGGUGUUUUGGGUCUGAACACCUGAGGCUGGUGAUGGAUCAUUACAUGGUCAGGUACUAAAAGGACUCCAAUCAACAGCACCUCUGUCCUGAGGGACGAUAUCACUCCUCUUCUGCAGGAGUGUCCGUACAGGGGGAGAACAUGACUCUGCAGCAGGGGACAAAGAAACCCCAAAUCCAUAGUUCCCAUCCUACGUGCUUGUGUGGGAGCUGUGCACGCUUGUACAACAGCAUUGUAUCCACAUCAGUGGAGAACCAUCCAUCCCACACGGAUCGCAGAAAUGGGAACCAAGCCGAGACAGUUUCCUCAGCACCACGGGAUUAUAACCCUCUAGACACAGGCUUCACAGUCUUAGCAGCCAGGAGACUCCCACUUCUAAGACGAACCACGUGAGCAUUCAGGGGAUCAUGGAACUGAUAAGCCAGUGUCCAGUGCUAUCAGUAAAAGGCUGUCCUUGUAAGGGAGGAGAGGACAAACCAAGCCAGAGUGAGAGGAAGAAAAUCAACAGCCCUGGGAAAGGCCUUGGAGCUGAAGUGCUGCAAAUGAAUGUGGGUGUGGUCAAGAGCAAGCUGGCCUGGCGCCUCACAGAGAGCACAAGAACGCAGGCUGGCAUCGUGGCCCUCAUAGCGUGGUUUUGUGGUGCUCGUUACAGCGUGCACAGGGCUUGCAGGAAAGGCCUCGGGAAACAAACCCUGGUCAUGCUACUCUUCCCGAUACAAGAUCAGGACACGGGCUCUGUGAACAUUCCCACGCUGCCAUCAUUUCUGGUUUGGGAGACUCUGCUUUUCCAUUCUUCAAGAAGACAGGUGGCCGCGUGGACUGGGUCUGCUAAGACGGGGUUCCCUCCAUCAUACUAUGCUGGAAGAUGAGCUGGCUUUACAGAACCAAGUGCUGCAUUACAAUAAUGUCUGGAGUCCCAGGGCGUCUUUUGUCUGACUUGACAACAGGGCUACUCAUUAGCAGCUUUUGCUAACUGUUCACCUCAAGCAGUUACAUGCUACUCAUAAGCAUUCUUCCAUGUUUGCGAUAGAAUAAAUCAUCAUGUACGGGAGCUGGUAAUUGAUUUGCUUCUUUUAGCAGCAUUUUAAUUAAAACAUCUGGUUUGUG